UAGUAGUGGAGUCCUAUGGGACAAAUAAAUAAAUCCACUUGGUUUCAGACUUGGUACAACCCAAAGUCGAAAGAAGUUUGGUUUCGUCCAUUUUAACAUGGUGAAAAUAAGAGUGAAGUUUGAGCCGAAACAGGUCAAUAGGCGGGAUCGCGUCCCAACUUAUUUCAAGAAUGAAUUCCAUGGCUACGAUGACGAUAUGCCGAAGUCGUUACAAAGGUUCGCGAAGUUGCUGGAUAAAGAGAAGGACGAAGAUGGUGCCGGAUUGAAGGCCGCAGAGGAUAUCGUGGCGGCGUUGCGCCGACAAUAUGGCAUUCCCAAGUUCUGCAACUUGACUCUCGAGCUUCCUCAGUUAAAAGAGUUUCUGUUUUCUACGGAACUCAAUCCGCCGAUCAGUGACCAGGUUCAUCAUGACAUGAAUGCUCCACUAUCGCAUUACUUCAUUCACACUAGCCUCAAAUCCUACUAUACGGGAAAUGUGUUUGGGAGAUACAGCAUUUUGCCCAUCAUUGAUGCACUUAAACAGGGUGUAAGAGUGGUUGAACUAGAUCUGUUUCCGUGUGGUAAAGACAGCAUUUGCGUUAGGCGAAGAUGGAAAUUUGAGAAGCCUCUGGAAUUGCAAGAGUGUUUGGAUGCUAUUAAAGAACAUGCCUUUACUCUCACGAGGAGUUAUCCAGUGAUAAUUACAUUCAAGGACGACCUGAAACCGGAUCUUCAGUCCAAAGCUAUUCAGAUGAUAGAUCAGACAUUUGAUAAUAUGGUGUAUCACCAUGAUCCUCAUAGUUUGGAGGAGUUUCCUUCACCAGCACAACUGCAAAAUAAGAUACUAAUAUCACGAAGACCCCCAAAAGAGUUGUUAUAUGCUAAUCACGAAGAGAAUGGUGUUGAAAUACGAGAAGAGCCCACAGAUGAGAAUUUCCAGAGUCUAGUUGGCUUUCAUGCUGUGGAACCAAGAGGCAUACUACAAAAAGCUUUAACAGGCAACAUCCAACAACCAGGAUGGUACGAAAAAGACGUUAUAAGCUUCACUCAAAAUAGAUUCCUGCGGACACGUCCAAAUCGCAAUUUUUUUAGCAAUGCCCCCUAUAAACCUCAGAGGGCUUGGAUGCACGGUGCACAAAUGAUUGCACUAAGCAGGCAGGAGGACAAAGAAAAACUUUGGUUGAUGCAAGGGAUGUUUAGAGCGAAUGGAGGGUGCGGUUACGUCAAGAAGCCGAGUUUCCUUUUGAAUCCAGAUUCUAGUGGAGUUUUCUAUCCAACAGAGAAUCCAGUGGUGGUGAAGACAUUAAAGGUCAAAAUAUAUAUGGGUGAUGGAUGGAACGUGGACUUCAAGAAGCGCAUAGGUCGACUGUCUAAGCCGGAUUUAUACGUUAGGAUUAGUAUCGCCGGUGUGUCCCAUGAUGAGAAGAUUAUGAAAACGACGGAGAAAAACAACGAAUGGACUCCUACUUGGGGAGAAGAAUUCACAUUCCCCUUGACCUACCCUGAUCUUGCUUUGCUUAGUAUUGAAGUCUAUGACCAUGAAGUAUCGACUGCAGAUGUUUUUGGUGGUCAGACAUGUCUACCGGUUUCGGAACUAAUAGAAGGAAUUCGAGCUGUUCCACUCUAUGAUGAAAAAGGUGAGGCAUGCAGCUCGACAAUGCUGCUCAUCCGUUUUAGGUGGUGCUAGCCUACAAGUUUCUUCUCGGUCGAGUGGAGUUUCUUAGAACCUUUCAAAGCUUACGCUUUCUAGAACCCCUAUAGUUCAUCAAGAUCCACUUGGAAGGGGGAAGGGGUUUAGGCAAGGCUUAGACUCCAAGACUGAGAUAAGGUCUUACUCCAGAACUCCUUGGUAUUAUCAUUAUUCAAGUUUCUUUCACUUGUAUUGUUGAAUUUCGUUUACUAUCCUUUUUUUUUUUUCUAUUUCCUUUUAUUUGUUGGUUUUGAAGACUGACUUUUUUAAGAAAGGAAGGAUUAGUUACAA